AUGGAAGAAAUAGUUAGAGCAUUUAAUUUUGUGAUUGAUCAGGGUAAAGCAUUUUAUUGGGGAACAUCUGAAUGGCCUGCAUAUCAGAUCGUUGAAGCACAUGGUAUAGCAAAUAGAUUGGGUCUCAUACCUCCAUUGGUCGAACAAGUACAGUAUAAUAUGUUUCAUCGAGAAAGAGUUGAAACCGAAUAUAUUCAUUUGUUUAAAGAAUAUAAAAUGGGAGCAGCCACAUGGUCACCACUUGCAAGCGGUAUUCUAACUGGUAAACAUAAUAGUCAAAUAGCCGAAGGUUCGAGAUUAAAUCUAAAGGAGAAUGCUGUGAUGCAACGUUUAAAGGAAGGAUUGUUGAGUGAUGAAGGGAAAACUAAAAUUGAAAAAGUUGAGAAAUUAAAGCCAAUUGCUGAUAAACUUAAUGCCUCGUGUCUUAAACAAUCAAAUAUAAACACAGUAAUCACAGGUGUUUCUAAGCCAGAACAAAUUUAUGAGAACAUAAAUGCAGUAGGAUUAGCUCCAAAAUUAACAGCAGAGAUAUUAGGAGAAAUUGAAUUAAUACUGGACAAUAAACCACCAAUACCGUUUAAUUUUAGAGAUUCAUAA